GGCGCUAUAAAUCCUCACCCCCACCACCAUAACAAACACUCCACCACCACCAGUCCACCACCACCACCACCACCACCACAGUCACUGUCCUCUCCCUGCUCUAAUGAUCGGAGCCUAAAUAACUCUUCAAUCAAUUGAAAACCUAAUCAACAUGAAUUCAAUCGAUCUCAGAACAGAAAAAGCCAACGCCAUCUUCAGACACCAAACUAAUUUUCAAACAAUCACAACUCUGUUUCGGUUCAUAGAGAUCUGCGUAUUUCUCGUUCUAAUUUCAACCUUUUCUUCUCAACUACCGUUCUCCGUACGAAUAUCCACCGAUUAUUUUAAACAAAUCUCUUUUGCCGGUAUAAGCCCUAGGUUUGUGUUCGUGAUCGGAAACGUCAUUAUCCUAACUCUGUUGUUCAAAUCUCGAGCUAAACAAAACGAAGAUUCGUUAGGUAAAAUCGAUGUUUAUGAUGAGUGCGUUAGAAGAUGCCAAAAGAGCAUCGUAAAUCGUACAACUGAUGUUAUAGUUCAUGAUAAUUAUAACAAUAAUAAUAAGAAGAAGAUUUACAGAAGUCAAUCAGAGAAGAUGAUGAGAUUUGAAUGCAACGACAGUGAAAAAUACCGGAAACUUACGCGAUCGGUUACCGAUCGGAGAAUUUUGAAAUUGAAGAACAUCGAAUUUUGUGCCGGCGAGAAACCGUCGCCGGAGAAGGUGAUAAGCGUUGAAAGUCACCGGAAACUGACGCGAUCGGUUACUGAGAGGAGAAUAUUGACGAAUGUUGACGGUUGUGGCGGUGAGAAACCGUCGCCGGAGAAGGUGAAACGGUCGCCGGAGAUUUGUAGGAAGGCGUUGCCGGAGAUUAGCAGGAGUCAGUCGGAGAAGAUGAUGAGAGUGGAGUUCAAAGAGAGUGAAAGUGAGCGGAAACUGAGGCGAACGGUUACUGAGAAAGAAAUGUUUAGGAAUGAUGAUUCAUCAUCGGUGCCGGAGAGAAAUGUGGACGAGCUAAGUAGUGAAGCAUUCCGGCGAACGGUGGAGGAGUUUAUCGCGAGGCAACAACAAUCUCUAAGGGAUGAAGAGUUGGCUCCGGUACCAUACGUUGGUGCAUGAAGCGUAAAACUUUUUUUUUUUUUUUUUUUGAGUUUUGUUUAUUCUCCUAAAUCCUAGUCUGGGUAGGUUUUCCUAAUGAGAUGCAGAGAAAAAUCUGUAUAUUACCAUGGGGUGGGGCUAUGUAUUUACACAUUUACAUGUAGUGGAUGUUCUAGCGUGAUGCACUGAAAAUUUUGUAUCUAACCAUGGCUAGAAUAUCUACAUGUUUAGGCUAGAGGGUGUGGUACGUCACAUAAACUUCAUCUUAACGUCAUGUCACAUAGGGGGUUUAAAGUCCAUUUAUUUAACUCACAUGCAAUGAUUUAAACCCCUCAUUAUCAUUACCUAAUUAGUUUUUUAUUUAUGGAUUAUUAGAUUUUAGAGUAAAUUACAA